GUUCCCAUCACGGUGGUGGUGUCAUACCUCCUGCAACGGGCAGGUUGUUUUCAAGCGAGCUGGCCGCACUACCACUUCCAUCGAGACUGGACAGCAUGCCGAUGACCUACCUCAAUGAUUUAGCUACUCAGUCCGCAGCAGAACAAGCGAGGCAACGAAAAAAACGAAAACCCUACACGAGAUAUCAAACAAUGGUCCUGGAGAACGAGUUCGUCAGUAACUCGUACAUCACACGGCAGAAGCGCUGGGAGAUAUCCUGCAAACUGCACCUCUCCGAGCGUCAGGUAAAAGUUUGGUUUCAAAACAGAAGAAUGAAGAGGAAAAAACUAAAUGACAGGGCAACGACGAUGACCAAGGAGCCGAAAGACACGCCGCACUCCAGUUCAUCCAACCAUCACGACAAUCAGCUGGACAAGAGCGAUCUCGAUAUGGAUGACUCCAUGUGAAAUGUAAAUUGUUGACAAAAAACAAUUUUUCUUAUAAAUUUGUUUUUCAUUUUCAUAUUCAUUUUUGACGAUUACGAUUACAUUGCAUUUUUAUUUAUCAAUUAAUUAUCGUGAUGGUUAUAUCAAAAUAAAAAUUAUUUACUAUAAGUUAGCAACUUUUUUUUAUUUAGCGUGUAUUGAAAUUAAAUUAAGCAAGUAUAAAUUUAUAAAUUAAUUUUUUUUUGUUUCCACACGUACUAAAUACACAUUUUAAAAUUAUUAUACUACGAAUUUAAAAAAUUUUUGUAACUUAUAAUCUGUAGUAAGCGUUCCCCGUUAACGUAGUUUAAAUGUUGUUCUCGUUACUACAUCGUCAUCUGUAGUUUUUGUACUUUCAUCUCAUUUCAUCAUAAUAAUUAUCAUUAUAAAUAAUGUUUAAACAAUUAAAUUUAAAAAAUAAUUUUAAAAACAGAAUAUAUUAAUUAAAAAAUAACAUUAUAUAAUGUC